AAACGAAACUCAGAAAGGCCGUUGACUUGCCCCCUACCACAUUUAAUUACUGCAACAGAUAGACUGAGAAGCCAGGUCUUCUCACUCUUAUGAAGCCCUUGCGCUUCAUAGCUACUUCUCUCCGUGAAGUCCAAAUUUCUAGUGUGCUCUGACGUCCUUGAUUUUAUGAUCAUAUAAGGCUGUGGAUCAUUGCUGACAUUUCAGGUCUGAGGCUGCAGAGCUCCGCGCUUGGACAGAAGUGGGAGGGAUUCUCUUCCCGCUAGUUAUCUAAUCUUAACAGUUAAAAAUUUUGUUUUCUUGCAGUGCAAUUGGCAACGUAAGCAUUUUCAAACUGGUGCCGGCCUUAUUUCCGGAGCCAGUUAGCGUUCCAGUUCCGUACCUUGCGGACUGGGGAGGAGCGGCAGGAUCCGAGAGGCUCCGGCCAAGGGUCCGAGCGCGUGGCGGGCCAGCAGUUCCGCCCCGGAGCGGGCCGGGGGCGGGGCGAGCGCGGGCGCCGCGGGCCGGCCGGAAGGAGGAAGGGACGGCGCAGGGGUGAGGUGGGUGCCGGCUGCGGGCGGCUCCGGAGCGGCUUGCGCCAUGUCCGUGCACCCUGGGGGCACCGAGCUCGACCUCAGCUGGAUCUCCAAAAUACAAGUGAAUCAUCCUGCAGUUCUGAGGCGCGCAGAACAAAUCCAGGCUCGCAGAACUGUGAAAAAGGAGUGGCAAGCUGCUUGGCUCCUGAAAGCUGUUACCUUUAUUGAUCUUACUACACUUUCAGGAGAUGACACGUCUUCCAAUGUUCAAAGGCUCUGUUAUAAAGCCAAACAUCCGAUCAGGGAAGAUCUCUUAAAAGCUUUAAAUAUGCACGAUAAAGGCAUUACUACGGCUGCUGUGUGUGUUUAUCCUGCCCGGGUGUGUGAUGCCAUCAGAGCACUCAAGGCUGCAGGCUGUGAUAUCCCUGUGGCAUCAGUGGCCACUGGCUUUCCAGCUGGACAGACUCAUUUAAAAACACGAUUAGAAGAAAUCAGAUUGGCUGUGGAAGACGGAGCCACAGAAAUCGACGUAGUAAUUAACAGGAGCUUGGUGCUGACAGGCCAGUGGGAAGCCCUGUAUGAUGAGAUUCGUCAGUUUCGCAAAGCCUGUGGCGAGGUUCAUCUGAAAACCAUAUUAGCCACAGGAGAACUUGGAUCUCUUACUAAUGUCUACAAAGCCAGUAUGAUAGCAAUGAUGGCAGGAUCAGAUUUUAUUAAGACCUCUACUGGAAAAGAAACAGUAAAUGCCACCUUCCCGGUAGCUAUAGUAAUGCUACGGGCCAUUAGAGAUUUCUUCUGGAAAACUGGAAACAAGGUAGGUUUUAAACCAGCAGGUGGCAUCCGCACUGCCAAGGAUUCCCUGGCUUGGCUGUCUCUUGUAAAGGAGGAACUGGGGGAUGAGUGGCUGAAGCCAGAACUCUUUCGAAUAGGUGCCAGCACUCUGCUUUCAGACAUCGAGAGGCAGAUUUACCACCAUGUGACUGGAAGAUACGCGGCUUAUCAUGAUCUUCCAAUGUCUUAAGUUAGCAGCCAGUUCCAGAAAAGCCCUUUGUAACAACGUUUAGAAAUUAUUUCGCUACAUGACUGCUAAGAUUAUUUAAUUUAAAAAGAGGGGAAUAGGUAACUGACAUUUUCUCCUUUAAAACUGCCAUUGAACUUAAAGAAUGAAAGAAAAAACCUUAAGGUAAUCCACACGUGCUGCCCACUUCAGGCAUAUCUGGAAUGGUCUUGAUUAUGAGAACUGCACUAUUAACGUUGUGAAGGUUUUUCCAAGAAACUGAGUAAAAUGUUAAUGGCAACUUUAACAACAUCAAAUUCUAAGGGGGAAAAAUGUUAGACUGCCCACAUAGCGUGUCGUAGCAGAGAAAAUGCAACAUCUCCUGAACUGCUGCUCUAACGACUUCAGAAGUCACUGAUUCAGCACUAAUUUCCUACCAUGAAAUUCAUCUUUUAUUUUUGCAAUGGAUAUGUUCUUCUAUUAAUUGUUUCACUAAUGAAAGUUCUGACUUAGUUACAUGAAACUUGGAAUUUUAAAAAU